GCAUUGUGUUGCGAAAACGUGUGUUGGAAAGGUGGUUACUUGACAAUCCAGUUUUAUAGGGAUUAUCGUUUACUGGGCGAAACAAUUGUACACAACACAAUUGUCUUCUUCUCGAGUGACGUUGCUAAUUCUUUGUAAAAGAUGGCAUGCAUUGAGGGAAAGUGGUUUCGAGAGGAGAAUGAUUUGUGGGCUGGCUAUUCCCAAUCUUAUCAGAUCGAAGAAGUUUUACACCACGCUAAAUCCAAAUAUCAAGAAAUCCUCGUAUUCAAGAGUAAAUCGUUUGGAAAUGUAUUGGUACUAGAUGGAAUAGUUCAGUGCUCGGAGCGGGACGAAUUUGCCUACCAAGAAAUGAUUGCACACCUUCCCCUAAACUGUCAUCCUAACCCUAAAAAGGUGUUGGUAGUCGGAGGUGGUGACGGCGGUGUUGUUCGUGAGGUCCUUAAACACGAUGUCCAAAGUGUGGUUCUCUGUGAGAUCGAUGAGCAAGUUGUAGAAGUAAGUAAGAAGUACCUGCCGGAGAUGUCUAAAUGCUUUGGAGACCCAAGACUGAAAGUGUUUAUUGGAGACGGUGUACAAUUCAUGAAACAGAACAAGGGAGAGUUUGACGUGAUCAUCACUGAUGCUCCAGACCCUAUAGGUGUGGCUAAAGGCCUGUUUGAAACAGAUUACUACAAUAGUAUGAAAAUUGCUCUGGCCCCAGGAGGCAUAGUCUGCUCACAAGGUGAGAGCUUCUACUUUGACUUGGAGUUUAUCCAGCAGUUUGUGACGAUGGCACGCAUAGCUUUUCCUCGCGUAGGGUUUGCCUACACUGUCAUGCCAAGUUAUACAGGAGGCCAUAUUGGAUUUGUCAUGUGUAGUACGAGCCCGGAUGUGGUUUUUGAGGAGCCAGUCAGGCAUUAUACAGAUGAAGAGAUUAGUCAAAUGGGUCUCCUCUACUACAACACAGCCAUACACCGUGCAGCAUUUGUUUUACCACAAUUUGUUAAAAAGGCACUGGAGCCAGCACCAGGUACAGCCAACGGUCAGACUACAGACACAUGAAACCUGGAUAAAGUGCUCAUUACUUGUCGUUUUUUUUCAUCAUUAAUCACAUUGAUAUAUUCUGAUUAUUUUAUCUAAGACUAUAUUAUGAUAAUCAGAUCAUGUUAAUUAUUGCUACCCUUUUCCUCACAGUCAAUUUGUUUUAUAUACUUACUUUAAUGAUGAGAUUUCAAUUAAAAUUUUUUGGAGAUUGUUAAAUAACUUGAAGAUGUAGAUUCUCUAUAAGGAGUGAGAAGGCCUAUUUACCAACUGGAUCCUAAAUUGUGUUUAUUAACAAUACUAGUAUACAAGGGCUAUCUCUGUUGAUCAAUCUACACUUGUAAUGUCUAUGAGUCCCACAAUGUUAGCUAUUCCCUCAAAUACAGGACUCACAUGAACCACUAGUAAACCUAGUAUCUAUUAAUUACAUAUCCUGCAUAAGUGUCUAGCUCCUCUAUAAGGUCCGAAUUUUUUACCAUUUAAAUCAUUCAUUGAAUUCUUUUAACUUUGUUACUUGAUUGACUUGUGUUCAAACUUUAAUUGUACUUUCAUUGUUAAUUUAAUUACAAUAAGUUCAAAUGAUAAUUAUUAGACUUUGUUCUUUGAUAUUCUAAUGUUCAAAUUUUCAGCUCACAUGUGUGAGCUUAUGGUGUGGCAUGGUGUGGCGUCUGUCAUCUGUCCAGUGUUAACUUUUCACUUUUAACAUUGACUUCUCAAUAACCAAGAGGCCCACAGACUUGUUGUAUGAAGCAUGCUGGGGUGAAGGGCUACAUGUACAAAUGUACCAAGUUUGUUCAAAUGGAUGACUCUUACCUACAUUCAAGAUCACAGAGGUGAAAUAGACUUAAACAAAUUCUUAUCAAUAAAUAAGAGGCCUAGAGACCUGAUACUGGGUCUGUUUAAGCAGGCUGGAGUGAAGUGCUAUCAAGUUUGUUAGAAUGAAUGACCUUGACCUAUAUCAAGGGCACAUAUGUCAAAUAGACUUAAAUCUUCGAACCACUUCUUUUAUAAAUUAAGAGACCCAGUAACUGAGCUGAAGGGCAAAAAUUAAAGUUUUUUUUAAAAUUAAUGCACUUGUGUCUUCAUUUGAGGUCAAAGUGGUCAAAUGUGUUGAAAUAUUUGAAUGAAUUUCUCAAUAACAAAGAGACACUGAAACCUGAUAUAAGGCCAGUAGUAUAUAUAUUUAUUGCAUUUUUGCCAUUGAAAUAUAGAAAAUUAUCAAACUAAUAAAACUUAUAUUUUCACUGCAGCGAUGAGCAGAGAAAAUAU